CAGCCCAGUCCCUUCUUUCUUUUAUCAUCUGCAUUGCUUCCUGUGCCCAAAAAUAACCCACAGAGUGCUCGAUCAUCUUGCAAUCUCGGGUGGGAUGCUGUAAAGUGUGCGUUCAGGCUGAGGCCACUGUCAUUCAGUUCUUGACGACUAAAAGUGAUCAGUGCAUUGCUGGAGGACAGAAUAAAACAGAACCACCAUCUUUUGAUUGUGUAUGAGGUUCUGUUGGUAGGGAAGAGAAGAAGGAGAGGUGAAGGGGGUGUGGAGGUGUGGCGAGAUAAAUCCCCUAUGUGACAAGAAGCUCUGAUCAGAGAGCUGCAGGAGCUGCAGCUGUAUGAGGAUGGAGAUGCAGAAAGAAGCCGAGCUUUGUUUUCCACAACUCCUCAACAGUUCCUGCAGGAAGCCGACAUUUCACUGGUCCAAAGCUGUGCUCCUGAACAUUGUGCUGUCCUGCAUCUCUCUACUCACUGCUGCUCUAAACCUUCUCGUCAUCAUCUCAGUCUCUUACUUCAGGCAGCUUCACACACCCACUAACAUCCUCCUCCUUUCUCUGGCUGUCUCAGACUUUCUCACUGGUCUCCUUAUGCUGCCACUAGAAAUAAUUAGAAACACGGCCUGCUGGGUACUUGGUGAUCUUAUGUGUUCUGUUUAUACUUAUUUGAUCACCAGUCUUUUCUGUGCUUCAACUUGGAACAUAGUUCUCAUUUCAGUUGACCGCUAUGUGGCUAUUUGUCACCCUCUUCAUUACCCCACCAGAAUUACCGUGGCAAGAGUCAAACUCUGUGUUUGUUUGUGUUGGUUUUAUUCAACUUUCUACGGCAGUCUUUUGACAAAGGAUGUUCUAAUUAAGCCGGCCAGGUAUAAUUCCUGUUAUGGAGAGUGUGUGUUUGUCAUUAAUGAAAUUGCAGGGUUUAUUGACCUUGUGUUAUCUUUUAUUGUUCCAGUAUGUGUUAUCAUGGUUCUCUAUAUGAGAGUAUUUGUGGUGGCUGUGUCUCAAGCUCGUGCCAUGCGCUCUCAUGUUACAGCUGUCACACUUCAGCAUUCAAGCAAUCAAGCAAAUAAAUCUGAACUGAAAGCAGCCAGGAACCUUGGAGUUCUUGUAGUUGUGUUUCUUGCAUGUUACCUUCCGUUUUACUGUUACUCUCUUAUUGAAGUAAAUGUGAUCAAUGACUCAUCUACAUUUUUUCUGAUCAUUGUGUUUUACUUUAACUCGUGUCUAAACCCACUGAUGUAUGCACUUUUUUACUCUUGGUUUAGAAAUGCUGUUAAACUUAUCAUCACUCUGCAGAUUUUCAAGCAUGACACUAGUGAAGCAAACAUGUUUUAAAAAGAUAAGGAAACCCACCAUACUAAGAAUUUAAAUCAAUAAAUCGAUAAAUUCAGAAAUCUGAAAAUGAAAAUUUUGACCUUGUCACACA